GUUCCCAUUAUUCCAUCUUCUCUCUCUACCCUCCUCUUUCUAUAUCUCUAUUCCUCCUUCCACACUGCUUUAUAUUGUUGUAGACAAAAUCUUAAAAGUGAUCUCUCAGAUUCUGGAAUACUUAUUAUGUUAUGUUUUGGAGGAAAUUGGUAAAGAAACAUUUUCUAUAAGGUAAGUGCAGUGCAGUACGUCUUGAAGGGCUUCUUUAAGUGAGUUUUGGGGCAUGAGCUUAGAACAUGCAUGUUAUCAAUGACCUUCUUUGGAGAGAAUCACAGCUUGGCCACUCUUCUUUCCAGGCAUGGGAACAAAGAUUGUUGAGCCAAUUACGACAAACUCAUUUGGGUUAAAGAGUGUUAAUCGUGGUGGAUUUAUCAGAUUUGGUGUUAAUGGUCAACGGAAAUCUCCAAAGGCCAAUGGAUAGGUCUCUUGAAAAGCAAAAAGCUGAAUCGAUCAGACAUACAAUGCAAACCCAAGAAGAUGUUUUCAAGCAACAGGUACGAGAGCUGCAUAGAGUAUAUAAUAUACAGAAAAUGAUGAUGGACCAGCUCAAACAUAGAAGCCAAUAUUGUACUAUUAACAACAAAGACCAAACCGGUCCAAGAGAGAGAAUCAGAAGCUGGUCAGGCAUAGACCUCGAAAGUGAGGUUAGAGCGAGGAACAAAACUACGGAUCAUAUUGAAGAGAGCGAACUAGAACUGACAUUGAGCAUUGGAAUGUCUUCUUCAUCUACGAACAAGGACAUGGACUACUCAUCGACAACGUCGUUUAGAUCAUCAUCAGAUAACUGUAAUAAUCAGAGCAAUGAUAACAAUAACAGUAAUAAUCAAGAAAGUAGUGGACCAAACACGCCUAUGAGCAGCUCAAGUACGACGUCGUUGGAUCGAGAGAAGAAGAGAUCUCAUUGGCUCUUUCAAGGAUUGAGUAUUAACCGAACUUCUUGAUUUUUGUUAAUUCACCGACUCUUUAUUUUUCCUUCUUCGUCUUCUUCUUGAUUUUUUUUUCCCCUUUGUAUCUGAUUUAUUACUAUUGUAUUAUUGUUUACCAGAUUU